AUGGUUGGAAAGCUGACAAAUAAUACUCUGCUGUGCUCCGAUCAUUUUGCCGACAGAAAUGGACCGAGUCCAUUGUUCGCCAUCCCAUCUGUGUUCCCAACGAAGAUUUUUAAAAUCACGCUUACAUAUGAUGAUGUUUGUUCAGAAGAUAGCAAAGUGUUUUUCUACACAGGAAUCCCUGAUAAAAAGACAUUUGAUGCCAUAUUUGAUGAAUUGAAGGAUGACGCAGAAACCAAAACCUCCCGGAAAACUCCAUGUAAAGUACCCACCACCAGUGGACGACCCAGAGCCUUACGAUUAAUUGAUGAGUUUUUUCUUGUAUGA